AUGUCAUUGUUGAAGAACGACGUCCGUGUGGUGGAAGUUGGAGUCUCCCUCCCUACUUGCUUCGAAGAGCUGGUGCCCUGGCCUGGCCCCGUCCUCGGCUGUGGUUCGCUGUCGAGCAUCCUCCGCCCCACCCUUCGCUGGGCCGCUUAG